AUGUCCGUCGGAUUUGCACAAUGGGCGAGUGCCAUCCGCAAUCGUAUGGCCGCUGACCCCGGUCGAACCGACUUCAAAGACCAAGUGCAAUGUAAUGGCUAUUUAUUCUUGCAUGAGUAUCUUGACGACGUCCUCAAUGCGCCCCGACCAGACAAUGUAAUCGAAUUUACCAAGACUCCAGGACGAAACAAGACUGCAUCCAAGAAGGCUCGUGCGCUUCAUGCUUCUGCACAAAAGAUCAAGCCAGUUGCUCCCAUUGCCUUUGGACUUGGUCCAAAGGACAAGGAAAACGAUGCGUCUGCUACUUCUCCAAAACAGAAUAUAUUCAAACCUGCUCGCUCUCAACCGAAUCCUCCCCCCGAGCCCAUACCGACAUCAUCAGGCCCUCGAGACUCGAUUGCUCGUGCAACUCCUGCUCGAGCUGGUGUGCCCUUGUUUGGCUCUGCGAAUAGAUCCGAGGGACCACUGCCCACGCCUUCAGACGACCCCCUUUCGCCUUUCCGUGAUGCUACGAUCCUACCCAAGGAACACUCAACCUCAAUACAAAGCACCGUAACGGCGCAACAGAUGUUCACUACCAAAUUGGGGAUUGAGCCAUCAUCACCAGCGCCAUCCGAAAAAGAGCUUCCCGUACCACCAGCCGGAGAGCCUGAGAAGGCUUUGGAGUCCGCCGAGCAGGAUUUGUCUGUCAUUCAGGAGGACGAUGAAGGACAGUCUGUCGCUGCGUUUGAAGACGCAAGAGAGGAUUUCACCGAUGCCCGUUCGACUACAACCGUUGAGGUCGAAGAAGGAGAUGUGACUGAGAUUGCAGAUGUCCCGCCUGCACUUGCGCCCGUCACCCAACGUCUGCCUAGUCCGCCGGCAUCGGAGGACACUCCACCUACCGCCUCAGAGCCUCCAACGCCCGUCCGAGAACCGGAACACGAACCGACUGAGCCCAUUACGAGUACAAAUAUCACUGCUGCCGACGUUUUCGAUAGUGCACCUGCUCCCGCUACCACUCCAAUUAUCGCCCCCAUUCCGGAGCCUAUCAAAAAGGCCUCAGUAUCCGCGACGACUCAGCCCACACCUCCUCCCGAGCCGACGCUGCCUCCUGUUACGAGUCCGAGACCUCUUCCUAUUCCUCCUUCACGAGGCCACUCGGGGACCGGAAUGCAACAACCACUCAAGCCACCUUCCUUUGCUCAGCCUGUACUGGUGCCUCUCGCAGGAACAUCUUCACAGCCACCGCUUAAUCCCCCGCGUGCAUCCUCGACUGUCCCGCGUGGUCCAUUCGCAGGUCCCUCUCUUAAAGAACUUCGCCGUGAACCUAGUGUAUCGGGUAAUGCCAAUCGCGAAUUAAGACAAUCUAGCUGGAGGAAAAAAACAGAUGGGACUGGUGCUCUCACUACCGCGACUUCCACUGGCUCCGCAACGACCGACUCUGAACCUCCCCGUCUUAAACGCAAGUCUUCCGCACUCCAACAUCCGUCUCGCCCACCUCCUUCCAAAUCUCAAAAGCUCUCUCAUGGGUCAUCGCGCUCGAGCGGUUCAAGCUCGGAAGACGAAACAGAAAUGCAGGUCCCUCUCAAAGACGAAGACGGCGGGUCAUGGAACACAGGCACGUCCAUGCUAGAUGACCUGAGGAACAGGCUCGCGAGAUUGGAAAAGAGUACGAGCGGCAAAACACCAGCUGCCUCCCGAGUAUGGACACCCACGAUGCAAAAUGCGAACCUGCCCAACCCAAGCUCGGAGAAAGAAAAGAGGCUUAGCUUGUCGGAUUUGAGUGUCCGACCUCCGUCUGGGUCCUCCAGUGCUGAGAAGGGAAAAGCAAGGGAAAAGGAACCGGAGACUGUUGUUGGGUUGCACUUGGGGCUUUCGACAGACGACCCUGCUGCAUCUACGCUUUCCAACAGGAGCACCACGCCCGUCGAUUCGCCCCCUCACACUCGACGAGUCUUGCCUGCUCCGCCCGUGUUUUCUCUCCCCGACCCUGCUCCGAUUCCUAAAAAGGUUUCGGACGCAGCCAAGCCCGGCGCCACUGCUGCAAGCAACACCGCAGACGCCGUGCGCGCUGCCAAAGCUGAAGCCGCUCGCCUCUUUGGUGGAACGAAGUUUACUGCUCCGCCUGUCCGAACUGAGACUCAGACGACGGUUGCGACUGAAGUCGGUAGUGUGUUUGACAAGGUUACGCAGAGCCAGAACCAAUUCACCCAAUCGACGGCUGCCACUCAACUCGAAACUCAAGAUGCCGAAAUGGAGGAUGAAUUGGAUCCGGAAUUGGACUUGGAUCCUGAUGUAGAUGUUGAAGGCGAUGAUGACGUGGAUGGUGAGGGUGACGAAGAUGACGCUAAAACUACUUCGUCGCGUACUUCGUCGACCCGGUCUACGACCAAAAAAGCCCCUGUCAAAGGUGCUCAGUCUAUUGGCAGUGUUAAAAAGGCUGCGGAUGAACAGGACCGCAAGGCCUCACGCCUGCGCGAGAUGGAGGAGCGUCGACAGGCUGCGGCGCUGCGCAAGGCAGAGGAGGAGAAGUCGCGUACUCUCGAGUUGGAGAAAAAGCGCAAGGAGCGAGAAGAGUUGGCCAAGAGCAUCAAAGCUCCGGCGAAAAAGGUCACGGAAGAUCCCAACAAGAAACGCAAGCUCGAGGUCGAGAUGAAGGCUGCGGGCAAAAAGCCCGCUGUACCUUCCGUCUCCACCUUUACUCAAGCAACGGUUUCAGCUGCUACGACUUCGACCGCUACUAAAUCGCGCAUUGCCAAGCCGACUGCCACCGCUGGACCAGGUCCAUCAGCAUUAAAAUCAGCAUUGAAAACUACUUCGUCAAAUCCGUUCCAGUCUGCGCCACCCGCAGCGACAACUAAGACACUCAAGCCUGCCGCGUCAUCUUCUAGCCUCAAAGCCGCUGCUUCAAAGAAAGCCAAGGGCAGCAUAUCCGACGCGCCCGGCCAAGCACUGCAACAACAGAUGCAGGCACGGGUACAGGCGCAACUCAAGGCUGCGCAAAAGGAACCCGAGAUCCAGAGUGAGAAUAUUGAGUUGCCCGACAUUAACUCGGAGUACUCGGACUCGGAUGACGAGGAUCGCGGCAAAGACUUCCCCUCGUGGACACAGGAUCAGGCUCUCAUGGAUGCGCUCAAGGACCAAGAAAGGUUUAAUCCCGAUGCGCUUUUCGGACCAAUUCAGCCGCUCAAGAUGGGAGACUUGUUCAAGACUGGGCAUUCAAGAUUCCGCAAGCGGACAAGCUCAGCCAACUGGGCUGGUACCGAUGGUAUCACUGUAGAAGAGGAAAUGGAAUACGCACGCAGAAUGGGGUAUAUCAACCAGUAG